CAACAUUGUCUAUCAAACAUGCAGUACAAAUCCGGCGACUUGACAGUAUGCUUCACCUGCGGCGCCCAAUUCGAUGCGCCUCUCUCUUCUCCACCAAAGAACUGCCCCAUCUGCGAUGAUCCCCGCCAAUACGUUCCAGCAACUGGACAAGCAUGGACAUCGCUCAACUACGAAUCCGACAAACAAAAGAAUGAAUGCACAACGGAUGAACAUGACCCGCGGAUUCACUACAUCACAACCAAACCCAAAGUAGCCUCGGAGAUGCCCGCCGGACUGGCCGACGCGACGUCGACGCGGAAACAGCUCGGCAUUGGGCAGCGCAGUAUCCUGAUCGAGACGGGGAAAGGCAAUGUUCUAUGGGACAUUGUAGCUUUCAUCGAUGAUGCGACUGUUGAGUUUAUCAAGGGGAAGGGCGGGUUGAAAGCGAUUGUCAUCAGCCAUCCUCAUUUCUGGACCACGCAUCUCGAAUGGGCGCGCAUUUUCAACUGCCAUGUUUACAUGUGCGCCGCUGAUAAAGAAUGGGUAUAUCGCGAGGACAGGGAUGGGGUUCGGAAAUGGAUCUCCGCUACGCAACCGAUUGAGGAAGUGGAAGGUGUCACCGCUAUCGUAGCCGGGGGUCAUUUCGAUGGAAGUAUGAUUCUGCAUUGGGAGGGCAAGAUCUUCCACGCCGACACCAUAAUGAGCACCCCGUCUGGACUGUAUCAUCGUGAUCGUCUUCCUGGCACCACGACAUAUUCGUUCAUGUGGGCGUACCCGAAUAUGAUCCCACUCCCACCAAAUAAGAUUCAUGGGAUCUGGAAAGCGCUCAAGCCGUUCGACUUCACCAACAGUUAUGGUGGGUUUCCGGGACAGAAUGUGGCUCGGAAAGAUUUGAAAGCACAGCUCUUGGAAAGCAUGAAGAUAUUCUUAAGGACGGGUGGUCACGAGAAAGCGGGUAUUUACGAUGAGACUGUGUAA